AUGGAGACGGGAAAAGGAAUCUGGCGAAUAGUCAGUUGGCUACCAGUGGCAGGAAGGUUCACUCGCGUUUCAUUUUUGGGUAAUGGACUGAAAUACGACCCGGUAAUGCUGUUAUCUAAUUUUACUGGCUUGAUUAUUCUAAUGAUUCCAGGUAAUCCUGGAAAUGAACAGUUCUAUGACCAUUUUGGGCAGUUGGUUUUGAGCAAGAUUUUAAGAAUAUCAGAAGGAAAUUCUUUAUUCUGCACGAUAUCUCAUCUGAAUCAUGUCCCGAUGCCUCGAGAGUACUCGGAAAUGAGCAGUUCUAACUGCAGCGAUCGUAUUUCAUUGUCUGAUCAGAUUAAACAUAAAUUCAAUUUUUGCCUUCAGUAUUUAGCUAAAAGAACAAAACUCAUUCUCAUUGGGCAUUCUAUUGGUUCUUACCUCAUGUUAAGGAUAUUACCUGAUUUGCUGAAGCAUGAAUUCAAUGUUAUUCGUUGUAUAGCUUUGUUUCCCACUAUUGAACGUAUGGCAGAAUCACCAAAUGGUGAACGUCUUUUACCAUGGCUAAAGAAGUUCCGUAAGUGGGAUGGUGUUUUACAAAUAGCGUUAUCGUGGCUGCGAUAUUUGCCUAAUUCUGUGAAAGGGCGCAUCUGUACCUUUCUUAUGACAAAUCAUGGUGACUGCUUUCCACCUUGCAUACUACAAAGUGCCAUUGAAAUUAUCGAUGUGGACGUCAUUCGAAAUAUUAUUUUCAUGGCAGUGGACGAAUUACUUACGGUUUCGAACUUAGAUGAAUCUCUUCUGCGCUACAGUGAUCGGUGCCGUUUUCUAUAUGGAACUGUGGAUCAGUGGAGUCCGUUGUGUUAUAGCCUAGAAAUGCAAAAAAGGCUUGGAAAAGAUAUAGUCACAAUUGAUAACAAGAAGUGCGAGCAUGCUUUUGUCUUAAAUCACGGAGAAGUGGUCGCUUAUGAAGUGACAAAUUGGAUUGCUGAAUGUUACGGUUAA